AUGCCCAUCUCCUGGACCCCCCACAUGGAUCAAAAACUUCUUCUCGCCGUAAUUUCGACUGUCAGACUAGACGCAGAAGUUUUGGUAGAGAAGUGGCGAGAACUUUUUCUUGAUCAGGAUAAAAGUCCGACUAAACGUGCGAUUGUCGAACAUGUUGCCAAGUUGAAGAGGUCAAUGGGGAUUGGAGGGGUCAAGCAAGGGAAAGUGAAAGUGAAAGUGAAGGGCGAUGAGGUGCAGGAGGAAGAGGAGGAGGAUGAUGGGUUGGGGAAUUUUGGAAACAGUGGGAAGAAGGAGAAGUUGAAGAAGAUGAAAGGUACGGUAACCUCGUCUGGUACUCUCACUAGAUUGCGCGGUAAAGGUCCUCAGGGAAAGGGUCAAAUGUCGAGCAGAUUUACUCGUGACAUGACUGAUGAUGAGUUGGACGAUGAGCAUGACUUGGAAGAAUCACGCAUCAAGAAUGAAGAUGCCGAGUAUGCCAGUCUGCCAUUCACUGCGAUGAUGGCAGAUGAUGAUACGCCAUGUCCGACGCCAAGAAGUACGAAAGUUUGGGGUUCAAUUCCAUGGAUGUUUGACGAGGAAGAAGAUGAAGAAGAAGCAGAAACAGAAAGAGACGACUGCAAUACAGCUGUCCCACUCCCUCGAAGCGUCGAAGAAGUUGCAACCAAGAUUCUCAGACCUUCGACACUACCACUACUAUCCUCCUCCUCCUUCUCGACUAAGGAAGACGACACUCCAAGAUCGACAAAGCGCAGCAAAACAAUUCAUCAAGAGAAGAGUAGUCGUGGCAUUAUUACCUCGACUGCAACUUUCCCGAAGAACACAACGUCGUCUUCUACUUCUACUCCUACUACUUAUUCGACCAUGUCAUCUCCUCCCAACCCCUCCUCUUUUGCCACCACCACCAUAUUCCAGGAGAAGGAAGAGUUUGAUAAACAGCAAGACCCCGAUGCUAAUUCUCACUCCAAUGACCUUUUUGUCAGUCCCUUCUGGGAGACCGCUCAAGCUGAGAGUACUGCGACUUCUACAGGAGAAGCAUCGUCCUCGGUGAAGAUGAAGAUGAAGAAGAUGAUGAAGGAAAGGGAGAAGAAGAGAUCUUAUCACUUCACCGAUGUAGAUGCUGCUUACUGUUCGAGGGGAAAUAAGAAAGUAAAGCGGUCGAAUGAUGAUGAUGAUGAUGAUGAUGUCGGCGGAGGAAGUAGCAGCAGCAGUAAGGUGGGAGGAAGAGGGACAAGGAAGAAGCGUAUUCCACUUGCUGUAUUGGAGGAUUAUCCUGUUGGUCAGUGA